AUAUUGUUCUAGGCUAUAACUAUUGUCUAUACUCAGAUUGCCAUUUGGUAAUACGGGAAUGAGAACAAAUUGGUCUCUAUUGUGUUUACUGUUGUUGAAAAUUGAGUAAUAACUUAUAAGUUUAUUAUUUCUAUCAGUAUUCAGAAUUCCUUUUGAUCGUGUUGCACACUUGUACGAUAAUAUUGAAAAUAAGGUCGACAAUUAUGAAAAUGUUAAAAAUCGUUGAUAGAAUGGAAAAACAUCAUCAAUAAAAAAUUGAAUACUUCCGAUAUUUAUUUAAAAAAUUGAUUCUAUCAAUAUGACUGUGAGUACUGUUAAAUUAUGACCGAGAUCAAUGGAGACUUUAGCAUUAAUGAUAACCAUAUCAAAGUCCAAGUAGCAAAACCCGGGCAAACGAGUAAUGUAAAUUGUGAUAAAAUGACUAUUAAAACUUCUAGAGUUAAUGAAGAUAAACCACUAUUAACUGGUACAGCUACACUCUACAACCAAAAUGGAAGUAAUUGUCUUUCUCCAUCUCCUAGAACAUUACCCAUUACAAAUAUUUCUAGUGGUCCAAUGAUUGAAUCGUUGGAAAAAAAUGGCACUGAUGGUGGUUCAACCUCAGAUUAUAAUCCAUUGCUAAACAGACAAUUAGAAAAUCCAACAUCGAAUUUUGAUACCAUGAUCCAUUUAUUAAAGGGAAAUAUUGGUACUGGAAUUUUAGCUAUGCCCGAUGCGUUCAGAAAUUCAGGAUGGGUUGUAGGUUUAGUAUGUACAGCACUUUUAGGAGCUGUCUGCACACAUUGUAUGCAUAUAUUGGUACGGUGCUCUCAUGAGUUGUGUGUUAGAACUCAAAGACCAUCUCUUUCAUUUCCUAAUGUCGCAGAAAUGGCUUUUGAAUACGGUCCACCCAAAUUACAAAAAUAUUCAUCAGCUGCUAGUAAAUUUAUUAAUACUUUUCUAGUUAUGACUCAACUGGGCUUUUGUUGUGUGUAUUUCUUAUUUGUAGCCACUAAUUUACAAGAGGUGAUAACUCAUUACUUUUUUAUUAAAUUGUCUGUUCAAUCAUAUUUGCUUAUACUACUGGUGCCAAUGAUACUUUUGAAUUGUGUGAAGAGUCUAAAGUACCUGACUCCGGCAUCUUUUUUAGCAACUAUAUUGACUGUGAUUGGAUUAGGAAUAACUUUUUUCUACUUACUUCAAGGACUUCCAAAAACAUUAAAUGUCAAAGCUUUUUCAUCUUGGCAACAGUUACCUCUCUAUUUUGGAACUGCAGUGUAUGCAUUUGAGGGCAUUGGAAUGGUUUUACCAUUAGAAAAUAACAUGAAAAACCCAGAAUCUUUUGGUGGAAUGACUGGUGUUUUAAAUACUGGAAUGGUCAUUGUAACAUGUUUAUAUACAUCAAUUGGAUUUUUUGGAUACUUGCGAUAUGGAGAAGCUGUUAAAUUAGGAAGUAUUACAUUGAAUCUUCCUGCUGAAGAUUUGUUAGCUCAAUCUGUCCGGGCAGCAAUGGCAUUUUCAAUAUUCUUGUCUUACGGUCUUCAGUUCUAUGUUCCAAUUGGUAUUGUAUGGCCUGCUUUAAAAGGAUAUUUUCAUUCACAGUCUAGUCAACGUAAUGCUGAAUUGAGCAUCAGAGUGUUUCUUGUCACACUAACAUUUGCUUUAGCUGCUGCCAUUCCAAACCUAUCAGCAAUCAUUUCAUUAGUUGGAUCAUUUAGCAGCUCAGCACUAGCUCUAAUCUUUCCACCUAUUAUCGAAAUUAUGACAUUUUGGGAUCAUUGCUCUGGUAAAGAGUUUACACUGAUGUUUAUUAAAGAUAUUAUUAUUAUUAUAAUCGGUUUUCUUGGAUUUGGUUUCGGAUCGUAUGCUAGUUUAUGGAAUAUCAUUGAACCCAUAAGCAGUUAAUUUAGCAUUGGGUAUAAAUAUGCUUCAAGUAUCCACCAGUAUUUCAAUUAUUGAUCUUAAUAAUUUAUUGUCUUCCUAUAUCAAUUAUAGUUUUAAUUUUUUUAAUAAGUAGGUAAUUGUGUUUUUAAAGUAUUUAUUCAAUAGUCAAAAAAAAAAAUCAUUAUUUUGAAAUUUUUUUAUUUGAAAUGACAAUUGCGUAAUAUUUAAUUUUAUCUUUAUGAUAAAUUAUUUAACAUUAAAAUUUGCUGCUACCUGUCAAAGUGUAUUUUAAAUGGUAUUAAUUAUCAUCUACUAUUAUAUUUUUAAAACACAUUUUAAAUGUAAGACUCAUGAAAAUGUAUUAACAAUUGAGUAUGUAGAUACAUUUUCAGUUCUUUUAAUUGUAUACUUGGUUUUUAAUUAAACUAUUAAGCUAUUUUAACUAAACCUUUUACCAUAAUUAAAAUCUCACUUUUUUAACCUCCUACGAGUAUGUGAUUAUUAGUUUUAUUAGUUAUUGUUAAAUUUUGAGUUUUUUUAAAACUAGGAAAAAAAUCAUAAGGCAUACAUUCCUAUGAAAUCAAAUAUUUAUUGCUUAAUUAUUAUACAUUUUAAUUAAUAAUAUUAUUGAAUUUUGUAUUAUUGUGUUUAAGAAUAAUAACAAUAAAAAUAUAUAUGAUGAAAUUUUAAUUACAAAUACAGUAGAUUAUCAAAAAUAAAGACAAAUAGAACAAAUUUUAACAUUUAAAUAUCAAAUAUUUAAAGGAGAUUUUAACUAAUGUAAUGAAUAUUUUGAGAUUUUAAGUUCAAAAAAUGGGAGAUUACUGUAUUCAAAUCUAUAAUGAAUUAAUGUAUAUUAAAUAUAAUAUGUUUAUCUUGUAAAAUAAAUUAACAUAAUAAUAAUAUUUCAUAAUAUAUUAAUUUAUUUAUUGUUAUUUUCAAUAUUCUAGUGUUCAAUUCGUUAUAUUAUAUAUCUUCGUUACUCUGUCCUAAGCUUUAAAUGUUUACCAUAACAUUAUUGAUAUAGCAUAUAAUUUAUUUUUAAUCACAUUUAUUAUUAUAAUAUAUAAUAUACAAAUUAUACAUAUACGUUAUAUAGUUUAUAUUUAAGAACUUACAAAAAUAUUAUUAUCAUUAAUUUAUUAUUAUUAAUAUUAUACACUAUGUACAAGACAAUUUUGUCUUUCAUGUUGAUUGUAUUAUUGGAUAAUAAGAAAAUCAUGACAAUAAAUUUACAACUAAGAUUUA